CGGCCUCUGCUCCCUGCCCUGGCCGCUUUCCUUUCAUUCGCGCCUGAGCCGCUCCCGGGCUGGUGUAUCCGAGCAGCAGCUCCCUGGUCCCGUUGGGUGCCCGUGUUAGCGCUCCCGCAGCCGCACGGAGCCCGCACCCUGGCAGGGCAGGCUGGGAGCUGUAGGCGAGGCUUGCCCGCGCAACCUCUCGCCCAUCGGGCCCCUCGCCCCGGCUUUCACCGCUCCUCCCAAGCCCGAGAGCCGGCGGCACUGCCCGGCCCGGCCGGCCCUUAGCGCCAUCCUCGCCUCCCUCCGUUUCCAGCCCCGCUUCCCCCUUCCCGCCCCUCCGGCUCCUUCAGCCCGCCCGCUCCAGCGGAUCAAGGACCGGCACGAGGCACGGCCGGGCGGGAAGAUGAUUUUUAACUCGUUCCUGGGGAAUUUGGCCAGGGGCAGGGAGGACGGGGAAGGCAGAAAAAAUAACGAAAAAGCGGUCCCCAGGCCGAAAAGCGCUUCCCGUCCGUGACCCCGGCCAUGCGUCACUUCCCGGCGGCCUUUUGAGCGCGGAGCCGCGGCCGUGAGGGGGUGCCCGCGCUGGGGCGCGCUCGGGGCCGCUCGCCAGGCGGGGCCCAGCUGCCAGGGGACUGCUGCUUGUGUGUCCCCAGCCCGUGUUUGUGACAGGUUUCACUUCUUGCUGUUGCUGCUGGCCCGUCGCAUCCUGCGCUCAGGUAUCUCUGCGAUUGCAGCUGCAGGGACUUGCCAUGGCCAGUUCUCUCCAGGAAAUGCCUUCCCUCGAAGGUUCCCAGUUAGAGGAUGUUGAUGCUAAGCUGUCCUUCCUACCUGAAAGACUGAGAAAGAAGCUGCUUCCUUUUCAGGAAAAGGGCAUCAUAUUUGCACUUCAGAGAAGUGGCAGAUGCAUGAUUGCUGAUGAGAUGGGGCUAGGAAAAACAAUUCAAGCAAUUGCCAUUUCAUAUUACUAUAAAAAUGAAUGGCCUCUCUUAAUUGUAGUGCCUUCCUCUCUGAGAUACCCUUGGGUGGAUGAGAUGGAGAAGUGGAUUCCAGAACUCUCUCCAGAUGACAUUAGCAUCAUUCAGAACAAAACUGAUAUUGGAGGAAUAUCAACGAGCAAAGUAACGAUUCUGGGGUAUGGGCUGUUAACAUCUGAUGCACAGACUUUGGUAGACACUUUGUACAGGCAGAAGUUUAAGGUGGUUGUGAUUGAUGAGUCACACUAUAUGAAAUCCAGAAAUGCCACCCGUAGCAAGAUUUUACUGCCAAUUGUGCAGAAGGCUCUCAGAGCUGUUCUCCUUACUGGAACUCCUGCUCUAGGAAGACCUGAAGAGCUCUUCAUGCAGAUUGAGGCACUGUUUCCAAGAAGGUUUGGAACUUGGAAUGAAUAUGCUAAAAAAUACUGUGAUGCUCGUGUCAGGUUUUUUGGUAAAAGAAGGCAAUGGGAUUAUAGAGGAGCUUCAAACUUAGAGGAACUACAUCAACUUCUAAGUGAAAUAAUGAUCAGAAGACUGAAGAAAGAUGUCCUAACUCAGUUGCCUCCCAAAGUCAGGCAACGUAUUCCAUUUGACUUGCCACAAGCUGCAGCAAAAAAUCUGAAUGCCACUUUUGCAGAGUGGGAGAAAUUAAUGAGAAGUCCAAGUUCAGAUGCCACUGAAAGCCACUUUUCUCAAGUGAUGAGUCUGAUCACACGCAUGUAUAAGGAAACAGCCAUUGCCAAGGGUUUAACAUUCACUGCUGCCACUCACGUUGUGUUUGCUGAAUUAUAUUGGGAUCCAGGCCACAUCAAGCAAGCAGAAGACAGAGCACACCGCAUUGGGCAGUGCAGCUCUGUGAACAUUCACUUCCUGAUUGCCAGAGGAACCAUGGACACCCUCAUGUGGGCAAUGCUGAACCGCAAGGCCAAAGUCACAGGCAGCACCUUGAAUGGCAAGAAAGAGAAAAUGCAGGCUGAAGAAGGUGAUAAGGACAAAUGGGAUUUUUUGAGUUUUGCUGAGACCUGGAGCCCAAAUGAAAGUCUAGAAGAUCUCCAAAAUGAACUUUUAUUUACACAUUUUGAAAAGGACAGACAGCAUGACAUACGUUCCUUCUUUUCCCCCAAAUCCUCCACUGAGAAGAAACGCAAAAGAUUUUCUGGUGAUGAAUUGUUAUAUAAUGAUUCAGAAUCUUCUGCAGUCACAAAAGAAGAGGAUGCAGAGAAGAGCAGUGAAAACCUGGAUUCUACAAGAAUAAGUGAGGUGGAGACAAUUUGUGAUGAAGAUACUUGUGAACAUGAAGCCAAAAGAGCAAAGAGCAUAAGUGGAUUGAACCCAGUGAGCUCCAGUAGUAAAAAGAAAACAUCUUUGACUGGAAAAAAGCCUUCGUUUUCAGAAAAAAACAGUGAACUCCGUCCUUGUGGCUUAAAUACUUCAAGUGAAACUACAACUUUAAAUGAAGUUUGGCACUGCAGUGCUUGCACUUACAUUAACAAUGCUCUGCUGCCUUACUGUGAGAUGUGCCAUUUGCCCCAGAGCAGGGAUGGUGAGAGAAAUGGUGAAGCUCCCAGGAGCCAGACUGAGGAUGGAGUGUCAGAGGAGCCCAGGAGAGAUGGAGAGAGAGCAGAGGACAGUGCUGAAGGCAGAAGAGGAAAUUUUGGGGAAUUGGGGGCCCAUCAGUCGCUUGAAAUCAGAGAACAGGAAACUGUUGGCUCUGAAAAGGAAGAAAGUAAAAAAGAAUGUGGAGAAGAUAAAUCAGACACAUUCCAAAUAUAUGAUGGGCUUAUGUUUUGUGCAAGCAGGAAUACUGAUAGAAUCCACCUCUACACGAAGGAUGGUGAACCACUGAAUCAUAAUUUCAUUCCAUUGGACAUACAGCUGGAUAACUGGGAAGAUUUACCAGAGACUUUCCAGAAUAAAAAAAAUCGUGCAUUGAUCCUGAGGUUUGUGAAAGAAUGGACUCAUCUAACAGCAAUGAAACAGAAGAUUGUCAGAAAAAGUGGUCAGCUAUUCUGUAGUCCCAUUCAUGCUGCUGAGGAAUUGUCUAAAAAGCAGUCAGUGGGUAGCAGCACAAAGAGGUAUGUGACCAGGGAGGAUGUGGCAGCAGCCUCGCUCUCCAAGGCCAGCAGCAGUGGGGGCAGCGUUCGCCUCAUCUCCAAAGACAUGGGGGCUUCUCUGGACAAAGGUGCUUCUCCUGAGCCAUCCACAAAACUGCUUUCAGAAACUGGAAAUGACCCCUCAGCCCUUCCUGCAGAGCAGGACAGCAGAGGCUCCUCCCUGUCCCUGUCCAAAGGGUACCUGCAGGCCCUGGACAGCCAGGGGACCCCUCUGUGCCUCAGCUGCCAGCAGCCCACAGCUGAGCCCCCGGCCGGCCGCGCGGCCUGGGACACGCGCUUCUGCUGCCACGCCUGCCAGGAGGACUUCUCCAUCCGCUCCAGCCAGAGCUACCUGCGCUCCCAGGUGUUCCAGGUCGAGCACGGCGUGUGCCAGGGCUGCCAGCACAACGCCCAGGAGCUCUACCUCAGCGUCAGGGACGCGCCCAGGAGCCAGAGGAAGCAGCUUCUGGAGGGCUCUUGGAUGUCUCAUCUUCCCCUUGGGCAGCUGAAUGAGAUGAUCAGGAGCCCAGCGGAGGGCCAGUUCUGGCAGGUGGACCACAUCCAGCCUGUGUACAGUGGAGGAGGACAGUGCUCCCUGGAGAACCUUCAGACCCUGUGUACAGCCUGCCACAGGGAGAGAACUGCAAAACAGGCCAAGGAAAGAAGCCAGCUGAAGAGAAGGUCUUUAGCUACAAAGUAUGGCUGUGAUAUCACCAAAUUUUUAGUGAAGAAGUAAAAUGCAUAGUACAUUCAGGUACAUUGUAACUGAUACUAAUAUAGUUAGUGUUUUCCUCUUGCACUGAUUUAACAGAAACUGCUGUAUCAUGCUGUUUGGUAGAAGAAAAUAAGGAAUUAAACCAAAGAAAUAAUCUGUAACAUCCAAAGUACUUGAUCAUCAUGUUUUUUUAUAGCCCUGGUUUAAAGCUGAAUUUCUGUGUGUAACUUUAAUGCCAUUUUGAAGCAUUAUGGUUUCAUCUUGCAGGGCAAUUAGAGCUGCAAGAACUUAAGGAAGUUCCUUCAUGGACGUAGAUGUCUUAGUUUUAAUUCUAUUUGUUGUUCACAUACCAAAGCCACAGAAUAAAAUACAGUGAUGAUGACAAAAACUAGCACAAGUGAUUUCCCUCCUCUAGUGCUGCUCACCCAUGGAAGGCUGACUCUUGACACAGGCCUGACUUAAAAGACUUUGGCAUUUAGAAUUUAUGGCAGUUGAAUUCUGGUUUUACUUAAACCAGCUUGUAUUGAAAUGUUACUCAGGAUAGGAAACAUUAAAUAUUAGCAAUUAUCUCAUCAGAGGUUGUUUCUGGGAAAUGCUACAGUCAAAUUCUCCUUAACAAGAUUGCAGAGAUGCUGGUAAUUUUGGACUGCUUACCUGGCU